AUGACGAAAGCGAUUAUUGAAUUGUUUGAACCAAGACAGAAUGUUGAAUACAUGGUAUGUGAGCUGUGGUUUUGGAGAGUUGGUGGAAGUGAAAUCGGCGUGAAGGGGCCUGAUCAGAAGUUGGGGAACUGCCGAAGAGAGGUGUGGAGGCUUGGGAAAGCUAGUAUGACAAAGGCCUCAAUGGCGUUGGGUAGUGGUUUAUGCAAUUCGGCUCGGGUAGUGAUGCCUGUUGAUGUCUAUGCAGAGUGCUCGACGAAGUCAUUGCUGGAAACCUUAUUGUGGAUGCGAUGCCUUCUAGACAAAAAAGGAUUACACUGGCUUGCUGAUCUGCGGCUAAACAUAACCAAGGAGAGUCUACAUCGCAUACUUGGAUUCAGUGCACUUCUUCCAACCGAGGGACCAUUUGGAUCUGCAUAUUAG